AUGAAAAAAACUUCGAAUUUCCUUUUUCUUUCUAUAAAAAUUCGUGCUCUUUCGACUUUUAUCAAUAUUUUUAAUUUGUAUUUUUUUGUUUUUGCUGUUCAUCGCUCGAAAAAAAUGGAACCAAGUAUCUUACCAUUGUUUGAAGAUUGUUAUGUAACCCAAAACAACAACGAUCCAAAUGUUGAUGGUGAUCAUCAUCAUCAUGAUGAACAACAACGUGAUGAAAAAAAUGAUGACGAACAAAAACCAACACCAAAAACAUUGACAAUGAUGGAUAUGAUGGAAGAAACUAUCGAUUCAAUAUCGAUACCAUCGACAACAUUUGAUGAUGAUGAUUAUGAUGAAUCAUUUGCAACUGAAUUUGAAUCUGAAUCUGAAUCAUCAACAUGUAAUAGUCGGAUUGGAGCUUCAUCAAGUGACAGCAAUUAUGAUGAUGAUUAUGCUGAUGACGAUUAUGAUGAGCCAAGUUCAAUAGAUGAUUAUUAUGGCCAUGAAGAAAAAAGUUCCAUUUCAAAAGAAUUUACAAUGACAUCUAUCGAUGAUGAUGAUGAUUCUAUGCGUGAACAACAAUCACUAGACCACGACGACGAUGACGUAUUUCAUUCACCAGAAUUACCAAUCAGAAUUGAUGAUGAUGAUGAAUCACAUGAAAAUGAUAAAAUUUCACCAUUUACAGCUGAUUUGAUUCGACUUCGUCAUGAAAGACAAAAAGCACGUCAACAGCAACAACAACAAAAUGAUUUAAACGAGUUUAUCGAACGAUUACGUUCAAUGGAUUCAAGGAAAAAAAUAUCGACAAACACUGAUGAUGAUGGUAAAUCGAAUGACAAGAAAAAGAAGAAAAUUCUAAUUUGCAGACCAAAACCAAGUCGAGUGCCCGAGAUUCUUGCAAACUAUUUUUGAAAAAAUUUAAAAAUUAAAAUUAAAUUUAAAAAAACAAAAAAUAGUCUAAUUUCAUAAAACAAAUACCGCAAAUAAAUAAAAUGUUAUGCAAAUAAGUAGUAAAUGGUAAAUGAGAAAAAAGAUUCGUAAAAAUAAUCUAUUUGAUAAUAGAAAUUCUACUCAUCAAGAAAAAAAAGAUUCAGCAUUCGAUACAUUCGAAUCGCGUUACAAUGAAUUGAAUGAUAUUGAAAUUCUGGAUUUAUUAUUGACAAAAACAUCCAUCGGCGUCGUUGGAUCGUCACAGAAUCAAAGUCGUAGAAAAAUAAAUUUUGAAUUGGAAAGGCAAAAACAAUUAGCCAGGCAAUCAUUACCGGUUUAUUAUGAUGAUGAUGAUGAUGCUAAACACGACGAAUCCUCAUCACCACAAAAAGACAAAGGCAAGAAUGAUGAUAAUAAUUGUGUUGAUGAAAUUGAAAUAGCUAGUCAUCAAGUCGCAUUCAAAAAUGACGUUUUAGCCGAUUAUGAUUUUGAUUUGAUGCUCGAUGUUUUGUUUGAAUAAAUUUUAAAUUUUAAAUUUUUUUUUUAAAUUGCUAUCGUGACUCAUAUCCAUCGAUCAUAGUUCGAUAUAAAAAAAAUGCUCAACUAAAUUUCAAUGUUUUACUGCAUUUUAUUUUUGAAAAAAUUUCCAACGAAAUCGAUGAUGAUGAGAAAUCGUAUGCAAAAAUUUUUCAAUCAACAUCAACACCAACAACGCAAAGAUAAUUUCGAAGAGAAAUUCUAUGAGUUUGAUUUUGUGGAAAUUUUCACAGUGAACAUGUCUUCAACAUCUUCAGAAUCGAAUACUCCAAGAAUCACAAAGAAUGGAAAAAUUAAUUUCGAACAUGAACGUUUAAAACGAUUACAAAAUCAAUCAUUGAAAAUUUUUCCACCAAUCAAAAUUUCAAUGGCCAAUGAAGAACAAAAUGAUUGUGAAAAAUGUCGACAAAACGAUACUGGUUCAGCCGAAGCUGAUUGUUGUAUGUUGGAUGUUCCGAUCGAACAAUUUAUCGAUAUUCAAUCUGAAUAGCUUUUAUUUUUAUUAAAUAGCUGUUGUUUUUGUUUAUUGUUUGUUGUUGUUUUCAAAAAAUUUUACAAAAAAUAAAAUAAAUAUAUCGACUAUAUUGGACUGUGGCACUCCAUCUAACGGCAGUGUUCGAAAUGACUAAA